UUAUACUUUCUCUCUCUAGUUUACAGCCACUUACAAAAAAAAAUCUAUUUAAGGGUUCACCAUUUGAUUUAGUAUCAAAAAGUUCAAAUUGUUGUGAAAUUAUAGGGUACAGAAAAGUUUUAUGUCUCAUUUUUAUCUGUUGAAGCAUUAAAAAGACUUUUUGUUGAGAAAGUCAGAAGUAAAAAAGUCAAGUCUUUAAAUAUUUGCAGUUCACGCAUAUGUCCAGCAGGGGUCAGUUUUGCAUUAAAGUACGUGUGGACCAAUUCUGUAAAAUCCCACUGACGUUGCUUAUUUGUGUCAAUUAGUCGUCAUUUCCCUUGUCAAUGCGAAGAAAAUGUGUUUGUUUUUGCCCAUUUAAAAUCCAGUUAACGCAACACAUGUUUUUUUUUUCUUUUCACAACCCAGUAUGGUCUCCAAUUUGAGUUUCAUCCAAAAAAAAAAAGCUUGUAAUUGGUUUCGAUCAAUGUAACAGUCCUAAUUUAGUCCACUUUGUAAUGUUUCAGAGGAAAGCAUAGCUAUUGCUGAACAUAUAUAAAGUCUGCAGUAAUUGAAGUUCAAAGAAGCGUAAAGCUCAUCAAUAAGGUUCGGAUCGACUCCCACACACAGCAUCUCUUUUUCACUGCAUCUCACCCACUCUGUGCGUGUCUGCCUUCCCUGUCUCCAUCCCUUUCUGCUCCUCCCAAGCUGCUAUCUUGCUUGCUCACCUUAUUGAAGAUAUCUGCAUCUGUCUUUAGAUUAUCCCCACCUCCACCCAUCCUAGUUUUUUUUAUACUACCUGAAAUUCCUAUAAUUUUAUCUUCUCUCUUUUGCCUCUGCUCACCUAGAGGAAUGCAGCAUGAGGAAAACUAUGGCUCUUUGGCUGUUGAUACUCGCGACUCAGCUCGGCGUGUCAGUGCAGGGUCCACACCAGCGCUACUUGCUCAAGGAGCUGCUGAGGGAUUACAACCCGAUGGAAAGACCGGUGGCCAACGACUCCCAGGCCCUCACUGUUCACUUCUCUUAUACCCUAAUACAGGUUAUGGAUGUGGAUGAAAAGAACCAGAUCCUCACCACAAAUGCCUGGCUGCAGAUGCAGUGGUAUGACCACUACCUCCAGUGGAACCAGUCAGAGUAUCCUGGAGUGAAGAACCUUCGUUUUAGCCCUGACCAGGUCUGGACGCCUGACAUCUUACUGUACAACAGUGCUCACGACAAGUUUGAUGCCACUUUUAAGACCAAUGUGCUGGUUAACUCCAGCGGCUUCUGUGAGUUUCUUCCUCCAGGAAUAUUUGUCAGCACAUGUAGUGUGGAUGUGAGAUGGUUUCCAUUUGACAUUCAGCGCUGUGAGCUUAAGUUUGGUUCAUGGACUUUUGAUGGCUGGCUGCUUGAUAUCCAGAUGAAGGAGGCUGAUGUGUCGGGAUACAUGCCGAAUGGAGAGUGGGACCUCAUGGAGGUUCCCGGAGGUCGUCAUGAGAUUUUCUAUGACUGCUGUGCAGAGCCUUAUCCUGAUGUUACAUUUGUGGUGACAUUACGAAGGAGGACUUUGUUUUAUGCACUGAACCUCCUUAUUCCAUGUGUACUCCUCUCCUCAAUGACUCUGGUGGUGUUCCUGCUCCCAGCCAACUCUGGGGAGAAAAUUAGCCUCGGCAUCACAGUUCUGCUCUCUCUGACGGUCUUCAUGCUAAUGGUUGCAGAGAUUAUGCCAGCCACUUCCGAUUCGGUACCACUGAUUGGUCAGUACUUUGCCAGUACCAUGGUGAUUGUUGGGAUGUCAGUGGUGGCCACAGUCAUAGUCCUCCAGUUCCAUCACCACACUCCGAACAGUGGACCAAUGCCACGUUGGGUGCACUUGGUUCUACUGCAGUGGGUGCCCUGGUUUCUGCGAAUGAAGCGUCCAGGUGAAGGAGCAGAACCAACUCUCUCCAACAGCCAAGCAGAUUCCCGUAGCAAGACCUUAUCUUCUCCAACCACCACCACCACUACUAUCCCCACCCCAGCUCCGUCCAUCCCCCCGCCAAGCCUCAGCUCCCUGCAGGCCAGCCUGGUGCAGCUGAGUCACCCUCUCUCAAACACUCUUCAUCACAGGUCCAAUGCCCAGGCAGUUAUGCUCCCCAACCCAGGCCACAAAGACCCAAGCCCCAAUCCACACCUUCAGCCUAAUGGCCACCUGCCCUACAUGGGCUUCCCUACCUCUGCAGAACUGGAACCACUGCAGAGGAGCAGAGUCAUCAAUAAUGGCAGGGACAACUGUGGGCCUGUAGGAGGCGAAAGAGAUGGAGGCACAAAUGGGAGAGGAGGACCUGUUGGAGAUAUACCAAUACAUCACAACCUGCAGUCUUCAAAACUUGGGAGUCCCCCUUUGGAGCCCCCAGCUGCUUCAGAGCCUGACUCAUCCACUGUUGCCCCUGUGCCUUGUGGCCUGGAGGCUGAGUGUGGGAGACCAGCUGCUCUACACUCCCAGAGCACCACGAUCCGAUCUGCUGCAGUGGACAACCAGUUGCAGGCUCUUCUGGUGGACGUGCAGUUUUUGGUUGAACGCGUUCGCGAGCAGGAUCGUCAGGUCAGUCUGGCGGAGCAGUGGCAGUUCGCUGCUGCCGUCAUCGACCGCCUCUGCCUUGUUGGAUUCAGUGUUUUCAACAUUAUUUGCACCUUUGCCAUCCUCAUGGCUGCACCCAACUUUGGAAUAGCACUUUCAAAAGACUUCCUCUAAGAUGUACAGACUUAACAAUGCUGGAGAUGGAAGCACAACAGCUGUCAGUGACAGCAGGACAUUGAAAUAGUAGAUAUUUCCUAUUAUCACAUGGUAUGUACAGUGGAAGGCGAAUAAUGGGUAAAAGUUAGGAUAUUACCUAGCAAAACAAUUUUUAUUUUUAACUUUAAGGUCUGAUCUUUCACAAAACCUACAAAAAAUGUCCAAAUUUGUGUUAUUUGACUCCUCUGAACUGCUGGUCGAAAAUUAGGUCUGGACCACUGACUGUAUAAGAGAAUUGAGAAAAUAACUUGCUUUUGGUUCUAACACAAUAAAGUCAAUUCAAUCGCCAUUUUUUUUGUGAUACGCCCAUUGCCAUGUUGGAACCAGAAAUUGUCAGUGAGCAGUGAUUGGUUUGAGUUGGUCUGAGCUAUAAAUUUCUUUAGAAACCACUCUCGCCAACCAGAAGUGAGCUAGUUUGAAGGCCACACCACCACCAAUUGAAAGUGGGCUCGUUAGAAUCUGUCAAUCAAAUGCUUUGAAUGUUCGAUGCCAUACUUAGCGGCUUCUGAUUGGUCAGUUUCUAACUUGAAUAACUUGCACUACAGAAAAAAUACCCUGACAGAAAUAGGAUCAGUAAAAACAUGUAAAAAAUGAUUAUCUUGACAAAUAGAAUGACAGAGUAAUAUCUUUUUAUUUCUGAAUAGAAGUCAAUGGGAUUUCAGCUUUUUGAGUCCAAUGGGUACUUCCUGUUUGGAAUGCAGGGAGGAGUGGUCACUCAGUCCAGUUCUCAUAUACAGUCAAUGAUCAGGACUUGGAUAUUUCACUUUGACCACUUUCUUUUCACUCAUUUUGUUAUACUGCAUUGUCCUGCUGCAUGAUCCAGUUUCUCAGCCAAGCUUUUUUAAGACAGAAGACCUCUGGCUUUAUUAAAAAAUGACUUCAAAUAUACAAAUGGAGUUAAAGGGGGAAAAGUGGUUGCAAUGCACCACUGUGUGCCAAAGUCUGUAUAAUCUUUCCUCCGCCUCAAUAUGAGAAAUGGGACAAACUUUACUUGGUGUUAAACAUGGCUCUCUGCAUCUAUCCAUCCACCUCUUCUUUUAAUAUUGUCUGUGCAAAUUAAAUUGUUUCAAGUCUUUGAAAAUCCAACUAACGUUGUUGUCUGCUUUUAAGAGACAGAAACGCUGGCAGUUUUCCAAGCCAAACUAAUUUUAUUGAUUUUUUUUUCUUUUUCUUUUAAAACUGUACAUGAAGCGUUUAGCAUGCUAAGUGCGGCCUGGAUCUUUUCAGCUAGGAAGUCUGGCAUCUCUAUUGAACAUUUUUCAUGUGGUGAUCACCUCUCUUACUGUCAGGUGAUGGACUCCAGGGUUUCUGCUUUUUAUAACCUGUCAUAUGUUGAUGAAGGAUAACAGCUGUUUGUCUAAGAUCACUGCUUUUUGUCCCCUCUUUUAUCUCCAGUACCUGCAAAGGCCACAAGAGUCCAGUUUUUUUUAUCUUCUUUCAAUUGAUUUAGUUUACCUCAUUAUGCCAGUUUUGUGUAUUAGUAAUUGUUCCAUAUGUACUGUUUUUGUUCAAAACAUUUAAGCAUUUAAAAGUAAUCUAAUUAGUUUAUGAUACAUACAUUUUUCUAAUGACCACAAAAACUUGCUCAUGUUUGCAGAUCUUUCAUAGAUCAUCACUGAUUCUCCUUACUGGGUAGUCAAAGUCAUUUAGUCUUUACAGAUUUAAAUUCUUUGUCUACAAUUUAUACCUUUUGAUGUGUAAAACCUGGCAUCACUGCACAACUUUAUGCACUAAAGUAAAUAUCUUCAGUUGA